AGGGGCCAUAAUGAGAUAGACGAUCCUUCCUUCACUCAACCAUUGAUGUACCAAAUGAUUGAGGACAGAGUGAGCGUGCCAGACAAGUACGCCGAGAGCUUGGUAACAAGGGGCGUGAUCACUCACGAUGAAUUAUCAAAGGACACCGCUGAUUACACUGACGCUCUCAACCAAGAGUUAAAGGACGCUGAGAACGUUGUUCCUCACAUGUCCCACCUGGAGGGUCAUUGGAGGGGUCUGGUACAGGCCAGUGAAGAUAAGAUUACUACUUGGGAUACAGGUAUUUGCCCUAAGUUCCCUAGUCUCUUAGGGGUUUUUCACGCGUUCCUGCCCCACGAACGUCAGGAACGUGUGACGAAUCCCUAAGAAAGUCUGCGUGCCUCUGUUUCUAAGCCAAGCUAAGUGUGAAGCUAUUGAUACUAAGUGUGAAGCUAUUGAAAAUUGAUUUUUUAUUCUCUUGCAAAUAACAGUCAUUUUCAUGGGAAAGGUUUUUGCGCAUAGCAUCGGUUUGAAAGUGAGAUUUUUUGGAACUUGAAAAUGGCCUGUUUAUUUGCCUAUUGUACCUCUAAGUACAAUAGUUUGAGGGUGAAGAAAACUGAAAACUUAAACACAACAUACAAUAUAUCAGAAAGCGUAUAGUACGAUAACCUUAAGACGUAGUGACGUGGAGUUAAUCUGCGUAUAUAGUAACAGAAAAGUACGGUAAAAGGGGACACGCAAACAAACUGCGCACAUUAUGAUCUCGUUAUCUAUAAAGCCACUUUCCUAUUCUCAUAUUUUUUAGGCUUUCCUCUUGAAAACAUGAUGUUCAUCGGAGCCAAAUCUGUUGAGACGCCAGAUUCGUUUAACAUCCAUCCACAUCUGAAGAAAACUCACGUCGAAACUAGGAUAAAGAAGCUUACAAGUGGAACAGGGAUUGACUGGGCAACAGCUGAAGCACUCGCCAUUGGAAGCCUUCUUUAUCAAGGUGAGCCAGCUACUUGUUCUAGGUCCAAUAAUAGAAAAAAAUUCUUAAAACCGCGGUAGGACCAGAUUAGCCGGUGUUGAGCGCUUGACUGCAAAGUGCAGUCGCUGCCAGGGGGAUUGGUGGGAUAUGCCAAUGUAACCCGAAGUCUUCCUCAUGAAGAUACCAAAAUGUAAAAUCUUUGAUACCGAAUACCUAAAAUUGUCUUGAAACUAAAAAUCAACUAUAUCUCGUACGAACGCGUUUAAUCCUGGCGAACUGGUGAACAUAUUUCGAUCUUUGUAUCAACAUACAUUCAUAUGUAAGAAGAAUUGUGCUCUAAAUACAUUACAUUUUGUUGAAUAAACUAUAAAUAUUAUCGAGAGCUUCGCUUUUAGUCGUGGCCAAAUCUAUAUAUUAUCUCACUAAGACCUGUGACUAGCAGCGAUUUGUCAGGAGAAAGAAAGGUCGUUUUCUCGUCGGAGUGUCUCAACAUUUUUGCAACUUGUUGUAGCUAUGCGGGAUUUGCAGGUUGACUGGCAGUGCCGCCAUAUAUUUACUGCAAUAAUGUUGUAUCUUUGGUCAUCGGCAAGGUUAUAGUCUUUGUUAUUAAUGAUUUUGUCAUCGAGGGUCAAUUUUAGGUCCCCUUUAUGUGAAGAAAACUUGUCGUGGGUGGAAGAUUCACUCGCCUACGCGAGAUACCUUAGGCGAGCCAACUUCCUACAUUUCCUUUCAAAAUUUAAGAAACCAAAAGUUGGCUCGGCCAGAAGGGUCGACCCUUUUUCGAUAGUAGGGUCACCCUUCUGGCCUCGCCAACGUUUCUCCAUAUAAACCAGUCGGGGCGUGGCGAAAUGUCGGCUGCAUUGUUACUUAGGCUCUCUUGCAUCUUGUUUGAGAAUCUCCUUAAGUGAAUCUCUUUGCAUUCACGUCGCAAGAACACACCUUUGAAUGUAAGAGAAGCGAAUGGCGUUAUUUCUGCUGCAGUGCACUGUCUCAUUAUUUGUCCUCCUUACUUUUGCUGUACAGGGUACCAAGUGCGUUUCAGUGGACAAGAUGUUGGAAGAGGCACGUUCAGCCACAGGCAUGCCAUGCUGGUAGAUCAGUCAACAGAUGAGAUGUUUGUCCCUUUGAACAACAUGUUUGAGCGACAGAAAGCUUUCCUUGAGGUAAUUGACUGCGUCGAGGCCUGUGAUUGGGUUUUAUAGAUAAAUCUUGGGUCGGAUUGCAAAUCUGAAGGUCGUACGUUUAGGUCCAGGUAAUGAAGUCGUGUUGUUUUCUUAGUUAGUUACACCUCUCUCUAGCUCAGUUUUCCGGGCAGUCUUUUGAUUUUGAAAGCAGUGGAAGGUUGAAGAGAGGAGAAAGUUCAGUCAAUAGGGAUGAUGGGAGGGAUGAUGGGAGGGAUGAUUGGAGGGAGGGAGGGGGAUAGAUGUUACCUGUCUCCCCUGACCUAUCCCCUUCCUUUCCCCCGGUGAAUCAGGCGUGUACCACAACAUAGCGACCUCUAGUGCUCGAUCGCCCUGCCACUGGGUUUAUAAGGCUUCGUGAGGUGGUCCUUUUAGGAGAGAAUAUCCCACUACAGACGAAAGUUGUUAUACUAACACUCGCAGUUACUUUAUGCUAUAGAUACAGGUUAAAGCUCCGCUGAUCUAAGGCUUGCGAGUGCCUCCCACUUAACGUUUAUUUCAUACUUAACCUACAUUUACGGCGCUUUCCAUUUGUCAGAACCGACUGGCCAGGAUAUUCCCGUCGUAAUGAGAAUUUUACUUUUAAUUAAAGGUAUCCAGCCGGUCCAUUAAAAUCCUAAAUAGUACGCAUGAAGGAAAUCGUUUCUCAUCAAAAACUCUGUGAAAAAGCCUAUUUCAUUUUCAAAAUGACCGGUCCAGCCAUGGUCCGGCCGGCCAGUUCUGACUUUUGGACAGCGCCCUUUGACUCAAGCCGCUUGCAAAAAAAGUGGUCAGCGGUGAGUUGACAGAGAUAGCUGUUUAAAAACUUGCUCCCAAAAUCGCUCCCGAUGAGCUUGAGUUUUCCACGUAGUUUGUCUUCUCUACUGUAGUUAGAUGAAGAUAUGAAACCUUGUAUCUAUUUUCUUUUUCAACUUUUGCUUCGUCGUAUGCACUCUAAUACUCGGAGUUAUAAUUUUGCAUAACUUCGACUAGCUAAGCUAACUGGGAGUUGGCGAUGUAUGUUGCUUUGCCUCUGAAAACCUAGCCUGUUUCAGGCGUUCAGAUAGUGAAGACGGCGCAAAGUUGUUGUUGUUGUUGUUGUUGAUGUUGAUGGUGUUGCCAGUUGUUGAUAAUUGAAGACUAUAGUUCCUUUUCCUUACACUAGGUUGUCAACAGUCCUUUGUCGGAAGAAGCGUGCCUUGGUUUUGAAUAUGGCAUGAGUGUUGAAAACCCAAAUCACCUUAUUAUCUGGGAAGCACAGUUUGGAGACUUCUUUAAUGGAGCGCAGAUUAUCAUUGACACGUUCAUCUCGGGUGGAGAAGGUUCGUAAAAGAAUACUGUCAAAGCUCUCGUAAGCGACCAUCCUGCCAGUACAGCCUUUCUUUCGCUUGCUUGAUUUUGGUGUACUCGAGAAAGACUGUGCAUGAAUCCAGGAACAUCUUUGUUGAGCAUGCGCGGCAUGUUGCUAGGAUAUAGUUUCCAACCCAGGCCUAAGAGAGAGCUUUAGUUUUGAGGACGAGGACGAGUACGAGUACGAGAUUUGAUUCAAAGUUUUUGUGCGUGUUCUUAAAAAAAGACACCCCGGAAAGCUUCCUUUUCAUUUUUUUUUUUGACCGAAAAAGUUAGUGCGGUUAUUUAUACUUAAGGAGGUUAAGCCCGCUCCCGAUAGCAAAAUGAUAAAACGUCUUACAUUUGAUAACUUGUUCCCGCCACUAUGACAUUCUCGCUAAAACUCGUUGUAGAGUGACGACGGCUAUCACGUUUUUCCGCCAAAAUGACGUUGGUUCACGCGUGAGAAAUACUCAGUAUUGUGAAAAUCUCGUACUCGUAGUUGUCUUCGUCUCUGAAUAUAAAGCUCUCUAACAGCUGUGCCCUGGCAACAGCGGGCUCGGUUAAGACUAUCGUUUUAUCAAUUAAUGGAUGCUCGCACUCGAAAAAAACAGUUUGACGAGAGAAAACAAGAUUGUCUAGGCCAGAAAUUUGGGCUUUGGUGGCUUGAAAGGUUUGACGUGAUUCAGGCAGAGCCUUCUUUUCUCGUCUUCACUCAAGAAGACAAAUAGAUUCUAUGCUCGCAGGGUGGUAAGCGACCACCUCAACAUCCAUUACAGCGGUCGCAACUCAAGCUGGUCGUUUACAAGAAUGCGCUCUCGCACACUACAGUAUCAACACAUUGCGUUGUUCUUAUGCUUAUGUCUAUGUCACGGCCGUCCCCGUCUAGCGCAUACCGUAUUUUGCUCGAAUAAGCGCCGCGGCGCUUAUUAAAAUUUCCACGCCUCAAGUGCGGCGCUUAUUCGAUAGCGGUGUCUGUUUGAAAGUUGGACGCGACAAAUAAUUGUAUUAACCACGGUAUUAUUAUUUUCCGUAUUGAACUAACAGAAUUAAUGUCUUUUGAUUUUGAUUACCGUAUUUAUUCGAAUAAGCGCCGUUGGAGCUUAAUCGCGGGUGGAGCUUAUUCGCGGGUAGGAUUUCCGUCUUUUUCAAUUAUUCGCGGGUCGGAGCUUAUUCGCGGGUGGGGGAGGAGGAGUCAAUCAAACUCAAAUAAGCGCUCACCCCCCACCCCACCCACUUGAGUGAAUAAAUUUUAAUAAGAGACUUUCCCGAGGACGGAGUUUUCUUCAGAGUAUUUUACAGAAACCUUGCUUUGUUAAUUCCUCGCGUUUUGUUAUUAGCAUUUAUUGUUUUGUUGCAAAAUAAACAUACUUCAAAUGCUGAAAAUGGUGAAAAUUUAAUAAGCGCCCAGCCUCGAAUAAGCGCCCACCUCGAAUAAGCGCCCACUCUCAAGGUCCAAAAAUUUAAUAAGCGCCCAGGGCGGUUAAUCGAAUAAAUACGGUAUAUUAGGGCCGCGAUGCUUAUCUCAGGUCGGCGUUUAAUCGGGGGCGGCGCUUAUUCAAGUAAAUACGAUAAGCUUCUAAUGCUCGUGAUUAUGCUAAUGCUUCCCUUAUGUUCAUGCUUAUGCUUACGUCUGUGGUAGGGAUCUAUAAGAUUCUCUAAUAGAUAUGAUUAAUGGCUAAUUUUCAGCGAAGUGGCUGAUGCAAAGCGGUCUAGUGAUGUUACUACCACAUGGGUACGAUGGAGCCGGACCAGAACAUUCCUCCUGUAGAAUAGAAAGAUUUCUUCAGGUUGGUAUCCUGUCACCCCUGAUAAGGCGAGACAGUCUUGGAUUCUGCAUCCCACGUUAUGCAUUUCGGAUUCUAGGAACUGGAUUGCGGAUUCCUUGUCAGCGGAACUUGGGGCGCUUUCCAUUCAGCAAAAAUUCCGGUUUGAAAUUUCGGAAAUUUCACGUGCUCAGUGGAACGGUACAUUCUGGUUGCAGAGACCCGACCCGAGCCACCGCGCGUUUGGUUAUUGUUCUUGUAAGCAGGAUACAAAAGACGUUACUAGGGACAACAAUUCUGUCAAAUGGAAAGGGACUUUUCGGUCGGAUCGACCGAAAUGACCGGAUCGGUUAAAGUGGACCACCCUCAAAGGUGUUCCCAAAUAUUCCGGUCGGACCGAACCAGGGCGGAUAAAGGUAGGGCGGUGAAACGAGCGCGUCCGAGCAAAAAGGUGUGAUGCAGUGGACUGGCACUAUGUUUAUUGUUUUCGACUUUGGUCGGGGCUUGCGAUGUGGUUUGUACAUAAGACACUGCCGCUGUCACUGAACUAUGGCGCCUUGAUAAUUUGUUUUCUUGCACUUCUUCCUCUUUCCUUUGUGCUGGUACGCUGUCUCCGAGAGGCAAAUGUUGCUAUUUUUUGCGGGAGGUUUAGUUGGAGUAGACAAACAUUUCUUUCAAAGGGUUUCUUUUAUUACUUCCAUGACUCUACCACUGAAUUAUAUUUUCGUUCUGCUACUCGCCAAUGUCGAUGUUAUUCCAAAACAAAAACAACUAAGUACUGUCUAAAGCACGAAGGAAAAUCUCAUCCAUGUCAUCCAUGCAAAACUAAAAGACAGCAGAUCGUGUUUCAUAACUAGAUGACGUAUAUUUUAUAAAUGCGUGCAGCUCGUGCAAGGUGAAAUUAUGCUAAUUUCAAUCACCAUCAUCCUUCUUUUUAAUUUUGAAAAAAACAUCUCAUACGUCUUUCUGUUUGUUCGAAACUUCAAAAUUAGUUUCCCCUCAGUUUUUACUGUUUACCUUGUUUUGUUUUAGAGAGAAAAACGGAGAAAAAACCUUACAACUAACCUCAAUAAAUUUUGUUUACAUGCGGUUACCGGAUUUGCAACGCAUUGCGCGAAUCGCCAUGUCGCGUUGCAAACGAGAAGGAAAGUUUGAAGAAGUACAACGCCACUAUAUCAAUAUAUAUCAAUCUAAUUUUUUGUUAUGUUAUAUAAAAUUUAUCCCCCUUUAACAUAUGUAAAAAUUGAGGUUAAGAAGUGUUAAGCUUUUGCAAACGAAACGGUGAAAGACGAUUAGGUGAUAUUUAGUGGAAGGAGGAGGUAUUCAACACUUUCAAAUUAAACUCAAAUUUUGGCAUUAUACGACCAACAAGUUUGACCUAUAGACGUACAGACACAAACAUAUGAAACUGUUUAUUGAUAUUGUUAUGAAACGAAUUUAUCUAUUUAACAUUGUACCCUGAAAUUACAGAAAGAAAAUAGGAUUUCCGGUUUGCAAAAAGGAAAAUUUCGCCGGCCUUCAGGCGCACCGGAAGCGCGGAAAGAGCGCUCGUGCCAGUCCUACUCCGCAUCACACAUUAAAUGAAGAGCGGAGCGCUCGUUUCACCGCCCAACCUUUAUCCGCCCUGGACCGAACCGAAACGGUCCGUUCCAAUUUGAUUUCUAACCGAAAUUUCCGGAAUUUUGGACUGAAUGGAAAGCGUCCUUGGAAUUCCGGAUUCCUUGAGUUGAUUCCGGAUUCUAAACCCCAGGAUUCUGGGUUCGAGUGGCAAAAAUUUCCCAGAUUUGGGAAUUCGGAUGCCCUUACAUGGGGUGAAUCUUGGCUAUUACCCGUUCACUGUUAAAUUAAUUUCGCCUACAGUUUUAAAUCUUAUAAACCUUGGCUGCGUUUUUUGGCUAAAAUAAUUCAGGAUGUAAGGGUUAUUGGAAAAUUUGACAAAUCUACCGAUAGGACUUUAGAGCCAUUAAUCGAACUUUUGUCAUGCCCAGAACAGUCGUUGCUAAAACAAUCGUUCUAGUAGAUGUGUGUGGACGAGCUACGAAUACGACAAAUAAAAGCAUAGUUAAAAAUAAAUAAAUAAAUAAAUAAAUAAAUAGUCCUCGUAGCUAGCUUUUAGCCGCGAGUUCGUCGAAAAGCGUUUUGGGCGAAAGUUGAAGAGAGUAGAAAAGGAAACUUUUUCGUUUUUUAAGCUAAAAAUGUAGAAGAUUAGAACAAAAAAAAAUUCUCAAAAUCCAUUUCGAAUUCGCGUAUUUCUCUUUCUUUCUACCUCGUUUGGAAUUGAAACCGGCAAAUACGUUCAUGCACUCCGACCUACGAGUUCCCUCGAGAACCGUACCCGAGGGCAAAGUCUAUACCUGUUUUCAGACCAAAAGGGCGCAAAAACCCUUUCCUUUGGGGCGGCACAUACAUAAUUAUAUGGCUUAUAUAAGGGAGUACCUCCCCCCCCCCGGGAUCUCUAGCGUAUGUGAAUAGUUUCGUCUAUUACUGAAGGUCAAUAUCCCUCAAAGGAAUUCUGAACACUCGCAAAAUCUUAUGGCCAACCUCCUUUAAUGAAGUGAUUUCCCUGAUGGCCUUGUUCUCUGUACAAAUUACUGAAGAAUAGAGAGGGGAAGUGUGACGUCACGUUACCAUGGUAACAAACGUUUUGGAUCACAACAAAAGGGUGAUUAGACAACAACGACGAUGAAGGCAACGAGAACGGCAAAAAAGCAACAACUUUGCACGUGCAUCACCCUUUUUUGCACAUUUUUUAGCCAUCGUUGCACGACUGCGACAUAAAACUUCCUAAUUUCAUGCGCCCGCUUUACGGAGUAGGUGAACACUACACAAAAAGUUUCUUUGUCUUUUUCUAAACUCAGAUACCGUCCUUUCGGAUUCAAUCCAGAAAAUUUCGCCAACAUUUGACAAAUUAAAUGAAAUUGAAUAACAUCGAUGAAGUGCGAAUUUACUUCUUAAGUGAAUUUUCGGUUUGUUGUCAUCCAAAAAUUUUGCUACCAUGGCAACGUGACGUAACAACUUACCCUCUCUAUUUUGUAACAAUAUAUCAUCUUUUUUUGCGGCUUUAAACUAACCAUUUUCUCUACUUUUGUCUUGUUUUCAAAGCUAACGGACAGCAAGGAAGAUGAAGUUGAUGGAGACAAUGUUAACAUGUACAUAGCAAACCCUACGACGCCUGCGCAGUAUUUCCAUUUGCUAAGACAACAGGUGAGUGCUAUACCAAAUUGAUAAGGAUAUGACCGAUAACAAACCUCGACAAGCCUUCACAUAAUAAUUUUUGCUUUAUUUUCUCACUUUCCCUCUGAGUUAUCGACUUUUUAUGUCUUACAGAUGCUACGCAACUUUCGUAAGCCACUUAUUGUUGUCGGGCCCAAACUUCUGAUACGACUUCCGGUAAGCAUAGUAACCAAGUAUACAUGUGUUAUCUGUAGAGAACUUGCAGAGGACAAGUUAUGAUUCAGGCAUGAAAGUAUGUGUGAAUGAAAGGUCUAUAGUUAAACGCGUUCAUACGAGAUAAAGUUGGUUUUUGUUUUAAAACAUAAGAGCGAAAUUUGGGAAAGCCAGGCCAAGAAAAAUUCAAAGUUAAGGUUGUAAUUUAACCGUUUAAAGGUUGAAGCAUUGCCAGGACACCACUGAUUCUUAAAACGUUUUUAAAACUUAAAAGUGUUUGAAAACUGAAAACAUGCUGAAACUGCGGAAAUUGUCGCCUACAUUUGUCAAAAAAAAAAGUUUCCCGAAGCAGCUAAUUUUCAGCCAGGCAAAAACCUUUUAUUUUGAGAAAAAUGAAAAAGUAGCGGCAUUCAACAUUUAUUUUAGACAUCUCUACUUUUUCCACCUCCUGGUAAAUAAACAAAGGAAAGGAAAAGAAAACGCCUUAUAUGUUUGACCGUCGCGUAGGCCUAUGCGGGUUGGUGGUUGUAGCAUCCCUACGAAAGAGCGCACAGCUGUGGAUUUGCUAAGCUUGGUUAUCAAGGGCUCUUGCUUUGUUCUUCUGUACGUGCAAUAAAUGAACGUUAGUCAUUUUCCGUAAUUUUGUUCAGGCUGCCGUAUCAUCACUUCACGAGAUGGCUCCUGGAACUCACUUUCAACCAGUCCUUGGGGAUAGCACUGUUAACAAGGCGUCUGUGAGUCGUGUAGUGUUCUGUUCUGGUAAACAUUACUAUACUCUAAACAAGCAAAGGGAAGCGACCAACAACAUGAAUACAGCCAUUGUUAGACUGGAGGUAAGCAUCUAUGCCAGCCCUUAGGGCUUGGCAAUUCCUCAUUUUGAGACAUCUUUUGCAGUUCGGCAUUUGUGUCUGUACAUUUGAAAGGCACUUUUGUUACGGGUGCGGUAUGUUAGUAUGUAGAAGGUGUAAUCAAUGGUGACAAGUGAAAUUAGGGAAUAAUUUCACGCGCGUUUUGUCCAAGUUAGUCAAUAUUAAAUUACGCUCACAAGACGCGGGUUUUUUUCAAACCUGCACGCCAUGUUGGCACCCUGGAAAGAGUUGUUAUAGCAAGCUCGUUAUAAUUUUACGUAUAAAUUAACGCUGAAUUUUCGUGCCAAAAUUAAGGAGUAAUUUGUCACCUAUGAAAAGAGUAUUACAUGACUUAUGUCCCUCAAGGAGUUUUAUUUUCCGGGUUAAAAUUGUAUUUCUUGAUUCUUUAUAUGGUUUGGCUUUUGUAAGUUUUGCCGUCCAACCGUUUUCUGACCUUAAACUGAGGGUCAAUUGUCACCAUUUCUUUGUUUUUUUUAUUCCAGUCGUUGUGUCCUUUCCCUGCCGAAGUGAUUCGUCAAGAACUUCAAAAGUUUCCUGGAGCGAAAGGUAAUCUUCCUGACUUCUACCUUUAGAAAUGCUGUUCACGUUUUGCAACAGUUGUAUGUUUUCCCACUCCUAGUUAGCCUCCCCGCAGACGUCCUUUGGGGUUCGUUUGUCACGUAUUCAUUUCUCCCACACGGACGGUCCGUGGGAGAGAAAUGAAUACGUGACAAACGAACCCAAAGGACGUCUGCGGGGAGGCUAACUCCUAGUAGUCUCCCUCGCAGCCGUUUUUGUCUCGUCACGCGAAGCUCCUCCCAAAGAAAGUUUAUUAGGGAGAAGCGUUGCGUGACGCAACAAAUACGGCUGCGAGGGAGACUAACCCACCCCUGGCAACAAAAAGGAAAGGGGGUUGGGGAGUAUUGAUUUUAAAAAGGCAAAACAAAUAGCGUCAUAAAUAAAUCAAAAUUUGCCCGUUUAAGAAAAAGACAGUACAGGUAUAAGAUAGUGUAAGGAUAAAAUUAGGGUGGAACAUUUGCCUCUUGCUCUUUAAAGGCAUUUACUGUCUUUUUCAGAAUAUAUAUGGAGCCAAGAAGAACACAGAAAUAUGGGAGCUUGGAGUUUUGUUUCGCCACGAUUCGAAAAUAUUCUUGGAAUAAAGGUGACUUUCUCACUUUCAGCACUGAGCUGUUUCGGAAAUACUACACUGAACACAAAGAUUUAAGUUAAUCACACUUGUUUUUGUUUUUGUUCUAGCUAAAAUAUGCUGGUCGAAAAGUUUUGGGCGUGCCCGCAGUGGGUAUUGGAAAGCUACACUCACAGGAAGUAAUAGAGAUUUUAAAUGAUACCUUCCCAAAUAAUGCGGACUGA